GAAAGAGUUGCUUUUGUGACAGAGGUCGUGAUAAAACGCUUACUCAUACGUAGUAUGUUGCGAAUUUUUAACGUUUCUCAUAUAAGAUUUAUAUUUAUUGAAAAUAAGCUACAAGGAAUUAUCUUAAAUAAUUACAAAAUGUUUUACAAUUUCUGGCUAUUAUAAAUCAGAAUCAAUGACGAAAUAAUAUUUUUAUUAAUUGUGAUCAAAAUAAUACAGAGAAAGACAGUUAUUCUCGUAAGCAGUAGUAACUUGCAAAUAUAUGUUUGCACAAGUGAAUAAAGACAAUAAAAUAGAAGAAGAGAGAAAGUAAAUUUGUAGGACAGUAGAAGGAAUGUGAUGAAAUCAGCUAUAAUUUAUUCAAGUCGUUGAUUUACACAAAAACACAAAUAACAUGUUUGAACCUACAGAACAGGGAAAGGAUCUCUGUAUUCAUACGGGAGUUGUAUUACGAAGUGCAAGUACAAGGGAAGAUGAGGUUCACAGCUUAGGCACAUUAAAUAUUGUUGAAUAUAGUUUUGGGAAAUGUAUAGAAUGGAAACCUAUAGAGGAUUCUGUAGUAUCAGAAAAUCAAGAUCAAGAUCCAGAAUGGUCCUUGGUAGAUACUCAUAUCAGACGUACUCGUACUUCAUCAGAAGGGCCAGAUUCUCUUGGACGUACAAGGACUGUUAGAAUUUUAUUCUCAGAUUUAAAUUCUUUUCGUGUAAAUCAUGGGGGGCAACAACUUAUAUUUAUGCAAAAAGAUGGUACUACCUAUGUUGCCUUCUUUCAGCUAUCUAAUGCUGAAAGUUUUGUAAAUUCUUUAAAAGGAUUUAUUAAAUUUGUAAAGUCUCGUACAAAUAGAAAUUUGUACAUUGUAGUAGAUGAAGUUCAAUCAGUACUAACUAAAUCAUUUGCUGAAUUAGAUUUAUUUCAAGAAAAUACUUCAGAUUAUGUUUGGAAAUUUGUAAAAAAUUUACAUAACCGUCCAUAUGAAACAACAUUAGAAGCUUUUAGUAAACUGGCAGAUAUUUGGUUAUAUAAAGAUCCAGUUAAACGUCCAGUUGAAGAAGCAGUUGCAGAUAUAUUGAAUAAUUCUUUUACUAUUGAUAUUCCUCCUCCUCCAGUAUCUGUAGGUUCAGGAGAGGAGUAUGAAGUGAUUGGGGAAUAUGAAUUGAGUGUAGUAUUACCUCCUAGACCACCUUGUCCAAGGGGUACUCCACUGUCACAAGAACAAUGGAACAAAUAUAAGGAUCCAGAAGGAAGAAUUUUAAAUCCUCAAGAAGUAAAAGAAGUUAUUUUUCAUGGGGGUAUUGUACCAUCAUUACGCUUUGAAGUAUGGAAGUUUUUAUUAAAUUAUUAUCCAUGGAAUUCUACACAUAUUGAGAGAUUAGAACUUAAAAAAAAGAAGACUGAUGAAUAUUUUAUGAUGAAAUUACAAUGGAGAUCUAUGACAUCAGUACAAGAAAAUAAUUUUUCCGAUUAUCGAGAUCGAAAAAGUUUGAUAGAAAAGGAUGUGAAUAGAACAGAUAGAACGCAUCCAUAUUACUCGGGUGAUAACAAUCCACAUUUAGCACAAUUAUAUGAUAUUCUUAUGACAUAUGUAAUGUACAAUUUUGAUUUGGGAUACGUUCAAGGUAUGAGCGAUCUUUUGAGUCCUAUUUUAUGUUUAAUGGAAAGUGAAGUUGAUGCGUUUUGGUGUUUUGUUGGUUUCAUGGACAAAGUGAGUUCCAAUUUUGAAAUAGACCAAGCUGGAAUGAAAGCCCAAUUGUGCCAAUUAUAUACUCUUUUGAGUGCUACAGAUCCACAAUUAGCACAUUAUUUGAAUAAACAUGAUUCAGGAAACAUGUUUUUUUGCUUCCGUUGGCUUUUAGUACUAUUUAAAAGAGAAUUUAAUGCAGUUGACAUAAUGAAAUUAUGGGAGAUAUUGUGGACUGAUUUACCAUGUAAAAAUUUCCAUUUACUUUUUUGUGCAGCUAUUUUGGACACAGAACGAAAUGUGCUUAUGGAAAAUCGUUAUGGAUUAACAGAAAUAUUAAAGCAUAUAAAUGAUCUUUCACAUCAUAUUGAAUUACCUUGGACAUUAUCUAAAGCUGAAGGUAUUUAUUAUCAACUAAUUUCGGUUGCGGACCAGUUACCUGAUAAUGUUCGCGUAAUAAUUGGGCUUGAACCUAUGAAUAAAACAUCACCAAUUAGUGAUAUAGAGAAUGGUGAAGCUUCUGGUCAUAACAUUGAAACUGAUGAAGCUACUAAUAAUUCAAGAAGAAGUAGUACAGAAAGUGGCAAUAUUAAAUUUGGAAAUGAUGAAGUGACGUUCGAACGUGGAUUAAAUUUAUCGUAUAUGUGA